AUGGCAGAUGGUUACAGAUUUUCACAGCAGAGCGCUGGGAACUAUUAUUACCCUCAAACUACACACCACCCAAGACACUUGAUACGUACUGGGACACCUCCAAACAACAUUCGGUCUGCCUUUAACACGAAUACUCCAUCCCCAAGUCGAACCCCCGACCCUCAAUCUCCCGCUCACGGUCUUUACGGUAUGUUUAACCAUCAGCAAGGGCAGCAUGGCCGUGUCAAUGGCGCAGGACGAGGCGCUAUGGCAAGCAUGAUGCCAUAUCCUCACUUUCCUACCCAUCAGUCUCAGCACAAUCAACACCACGCCAAUAUUCAACAAGACCAUAAUGCUCACAAUUCCAACGGGGUGAAUCAUCAUGCGAACUUCCCAUCUGUUGGCAUGCAGAAUUCGGCUUCCACUUUCACUCCAAACCUACAAAAUGGACAUACGACAAACUCACACAGUGCUCAGGCUCAGGUAAUGAAUGAACACUGGCAGAAACAAUUGGAUUUGUAUGCGGAAGGAAAGAAGGCAAAACAGAGUGGUGCGCAUUAUUUUGCUAGAUCCAAAGCAGGGGAAAAUACUGUUGACAAAGCCACAACGAUAUCAACGGAGGAAGAAUCAGAGAAUGCGAGUCGAAACAGGCCCUCGAAUACGGAUACUAUUAAGCGUCAAGAUUGGCAUAAUAUGGAUAUGAGCGGACUUGGACUACGAGCGCUAUCAAUUGAAGUAUUCCACUAUACCUUCCUCCAAGAGUUAUACGUGGCAUCCAACGCCCUCACAUCCAUACCUUCAGCCAUUGGUCAAUUACGACACCUCCGUCAUCUUGAUGCCUCAAACAAUGCAUUGCAGACUCUACCUCCCGAAUUAGGCAUGUGUGUAUAUCUGAAGAAUUUACUACUGUUUGAUAAUCAACUUACGUCAUUACCACAAUCAUUUGGAUCACUCUAUCAACUCGAGAUGUUAGGCAUUGAAGGCAACAAACAAAUGGAUCCUGCCAUUAGAAGUGAAAUCAUGGAGAAGGGAACUAAAGCUCUUAUUCAUACUCUUAAAGAAGAAGCCCCAGUACCUCCUCCUCCCGCCCCUAGAGAAAUGAUUGAUCUACUGAAUGGCACAGCGGUUGCCCCUGACGUCGAACGGUUUACUGUUUUCUCUUACAACAUUUUAUGUGAUAACUAUGUGGGACCCAGUCAAUACGGUUAUGUUCCAUCUAAAGCAUUAGAUUGGGAGCACCGAAGGCACGAGAUACUACGCGAAAUCGAAGAACGAGAUGCAGACUUUGUAUGUCUCCAAGAAGUUGAUGCUGAAAACUUCCGCGAAUUUCUCAGUGUGAAACUUGCAUACAAAGAUUAUAAAGGUGUAUGGUGGCCAAAGUCACGGGCCAAGACCAUGUCAGAGUCAGCUGCAAAGGCUGUCGACGGCUGCGCAACCUUUUAUAAGAACAACAAAUACAUUCUUCUCGACAAGCAACUUAUCGAUUUUGCAAACAUCGCAAUCAACAGACCUGAUAUGAAAAAUCAGCAUGACAUUUUCAAUCGUGUCAUGCCUAGGGAUCAUAUUGCAGUGUUAGCUUUCUUCGAGAACCGCCUCACUGGAUCACGCGUUAUUGUUGCCAAUGCACACAUAUUCUGGGAUCCAGCGUAUGCUGAUGUUAAACUAAUCCAGAUCGCAAUUCUAAUGGAAAGCAUUAGCAAAUUUGCUGAGAAAUAUCAACGACACCCACCAUGCAAAGAUAAAAAAGCGUAUACUAUUACGGACGAUUCAGACCCUGAUGCCCCUGUGGAGGUUGCCCCAGAACCUGCCCCGUCCAUGGAAUAUACGAAUAAGACCCAAAUACCGCUUAUUGUUUGUGGUGAUUUGAAUUCUACUUCAGAUUCCAGUGUGUACGAAUUGUUAGCUACUGGAAGAGUUGCUCCAGAUCAUCCAGACCUUGGCAAUUAUCAAUAUGGAAAUUUCACGAGAGAUGGAAUUGAACACCCGUUCUCCCUUCGAUCCGCCUAUACCAACUUAGCCGAUGGUCCACAAGAAUUAACUUGGACCAAUUACACGCCCGGCUUCACUGAUCACAUUGAUCAUAUCUGGUACUCGACUAACGCACUUGAAAAUACCGAUUUGUUGGGACCUGUAGAUGAAGAGUACAUGAGAACAGUGCCCGGUUUACCGCACUACCAUUUCCCUAGUGAUCAUCUAGCACUCUUAGCCCGAUUCAAUGUCAAGAUGCCAAAAACCAAGAAAGCCCAUCAAGAUCCACCUGAUUUCGGUCCGUCGAGUCACCAUGAUCGACGAAGAGAUUAG